AUGCCCGGUAUCGGCGCUCAAGCGUUCUGGGAGCGCUAUGAGCAGGUCAAGGCGAUAGAACACAGCAAAAAUGAACUUAUCGAGCGGGAGAAGCUCGAUCAUGAGCGUGAAACACGCUUUAAUCGUGACAUCCAGAUUCAUGAGAUGGAACUGAUGGAUCAGAUAAAGAGAAUUAAGAAAAUUAUGGAUCGUGAACCUUUCAUUAUUGUCCUGUUGGAUGGCGAUGGCAUGAUAUUUCAAGAUCACUUCAUUCAGAAUGGUGAACAAGGCGGCAAAGAUGCUGCGAACCAGUUAUGGGCGGCCUUAACCCAAUACGUAGCACGAAACCUCCCAAACGUUUCCUCGCCGAAAAUAGUUACGAGAAUCUAUGCAAAUGUGAAGGGAUUAGGCCAUGCCUGUCACCAGGCUGGAAUUAUUGAGUCGCCUUCGCUGAUGGAAGAUUUCGUGCGGGGCUUCAAUGAGAGUCGGUUGCUUUUUGAUUUUGUAGAUGUCGGAUCCGGUAAAGAUAGAGCCGAUGAUAAGAUUGCAGAAACUUUUAAACUCAAUUUAUACAAUUGCCACUGCCAUCAGAUCUUUUUGGGAUGCUCACAUGAUAAUGGAUACGCUCGUCUCCUGGAAGAGACGUUGGCCGAUAGGGAACUCACAGGGCGGAUAUCGCUCAUCGAAGGCGUUCCUUUCGAGAAAGAACUCGAGUCCAUCAAGGCUUCUUAUCGUGUGACACAGUUUCAGGACUUAUUCCGAACCACAAAGCUCACCCCCAAGAUGGCCUCGUCCAACGGAACUUCCAAGCCUCAGGUUGUAUCUCAACCUCAAACGAUGCUUUCUCCUCAUCAGGGACCAGCUUCCCUCACUAGGACCUCCACCAAUACAACUUCUUCCAGCUCCAGCACCCCGGCUUCAUUUUCCUCGUGGGCUUCUGUAACGGCGUCGAACCCCGGGGAUGUUUCCCUUCAGUCUUCUAAACCGGCUAAUCCGUCGCCGCAGAAUGUGGUGGAGCGGAAUAAGUACGGCCAGCGAAUUGAUCGCUUCGAGUUCAAGUCGAUCCCCAAAGAGGAGAUGAACCGCAUCAAGAAGAUGAAACUCUGCAAUCUCCAUUUCCUGCUGGGCGACUGUCCGAAUACGAAUUGCCAUCAUGAUCACACCCACAAGCUGACAAAGAAUGAGAAAGUUGUCUUACAGGCAAUUGCUCGCAUGACCCCUUGCCGUUUUGGGAUGGAGUGCGAUGACCCUAAAUGCAUCUACGGCCACCGUUGCCCACUAAGUGAGCCUGGUAAGAAGAAUUGUUUCUGGGGCAGCAACUGCCGUUUUGACCCUUCCCAGCACGGCAUUGAUACCACAGUUGUCAAAGUUACUAAAAUAUGA